GAGAGCGCCAUCUAGCGCCCGUUAGGAGACGAGAAUCGGUCUUCUGUAGAUGGUGGAGCGUGAUUAAAGAGGCACACAUUCGACCGAUAUUUUAGAGAGGAAAAGAAAGAAAUAAUUAUUAUAAUCGAGAUGUUAGCUUUAAUUAAUAGAAUAUUAGAUUGGUUUAAGAGCCUAUUUUGGAAAGAAGAAAUGGAAUUAACUUUAGUUGGUUUACAAUAUUCCGGCAAAACCACAUUUGUAAAUGUCAUUUCGUCUGGUCAAUUCUGUGAAGAUAUGAUUCCCACUGUGGGUUUUAAUAUGAGGAAAGUAACAAAAGGAAAUGUCACUAUUAAGAUCUGGGAUAUUGGGGGCCAACCAAGAUUUCGUAGCAUGUGGGAAAGAUACUGUAGAGGCGUUAAUGCUAUUGUAUAUAUGGUGGAUGCUGCGGAUCAUGAAAAAAUUGAAGCGUCUCGCAACGAGUUACAUAAUCUUUUGGAUAAACCACAGUUGGCUGGAAUACCCGUUCUUGUUCUCGGAAAUAAGAGAGAUCUCGAAAGUGCUCUAGAUGAAAAAGACUUAAUUGAACAGAUGAAUUUACAAGCUAUACAAGAUCGUGAAAUAUGCUGUUAUUCCAUAUCCUGCAAGGAAAAAGAUAAUAUAGAUAUAACAUUGCAGUGGUUGAUUUCCCAUUCUAAAUCUCGAGCACACUGAAUGAUAUUCGUAAGCAUGAAACUCAAAAAUCUAUAUAAAGUCAUGUUGAAAUGUAAGAUUAAAAUGAAAAAAAAAAAAAAAAGAAAAAAAUCAUUGAUGAUGUUAUUUCAGCUGAUUUUUGUACAUGCAAUUAUUUAUUACUCUUGUAAAACUAUUCAUUUGGAUAAAACAAGAGAGAUUUAAUAUCUUUUAUUGCCUUUUAAGUUGCCAAUUGAGCAGAAAUAACAGAUUUAAAAACAUUGUAUAAGUUUUGCAUGUGAAAUAUUGUCGAUAGGAGGCAUUGCAGAUUUUGUGCAUUGAGUAAAAUCUGUCGAUACUUUACGAAUGUAAUUUUAUCUUAGGCACGGGUGUUUGAUAAUGUAAAAAAAUUCAUUUUUGAAGUUCUGGUUUUCUGUUCUCUCUCCCUUUUUUUUCUGUUUUUAAUUUUCUUUUUUACAUCAGAUACGAAAAUCAGAAUAAAAUCUUAAUAUUAAAUAGUCUGAACAAAUUUUCAAGUAUUAAUACACAUUUAUCCCAGAAAUUUUAUGAAAUGUUCAGAAAUUUCGUACGAAGAAAUGAGAUUAAAGAAGAAAAAAAAAAACAUUGUUGCACUUAACGAAAUUUUUUCCAAAUUCUUAUUGUUAUUCUUCCAUUUAAAACGAAAAUAUACUCUUUAAAUAAUUGUUCAUAUACGUAUCUCCGAUUUAUUAUUUUGAUAAAACGAUGCACAUUUUAAAAUUUUUAAGCUAGCCAUUCUUAAAAUUUCAUCUCAUACAUUCCGCGCAUUGUUGUGAUGUGCCAAUAACUGUCUUCAUCUAAAAAUAGAUAUAAAAACAAAAAAAAAA